GGCCGCUUUCAUCUUUCUCUCUGGCUUUCAGCCACGUGAUUGAAAAUAACAACGCGAUUUUUAAUCUUUCUGAGAAAGCGGCAAAAAUAGGAGAAAUUUUUUAAUAUUUAGUAUUUUGUUGAAAUAAUAUAUUGAACAAUGGAAAAGAGACCUGGGAAUCCACGAUGGAUUGUAGGCGAGCACGAGAUUUACAAAGAAUAUUCGUACGAGACAUCGGACAAAUCGACGGCGGUAGAAAAAUUUAUAAAGAAAUUUAGGAUAGAAAUUGUACGAGAAGAUGAUAAAGAGUUGGAAUUUGAUAUAAUUGGCUGUGAUGUUUCACUGGCCAAUGCAUUUCGUAGAAUACUUAUAAGCGAAGUACCAAGUAUGGCUAUCGACAAAGUUUUUGUAAUCAAUAACACUAGUCUUCUGCAGGACGAAGUACUGGCGCAUAGACUGGGUCUUAUACCUCUUCGGGCAGAUCCUCGGUUAUUUGAAUAUCCACCGAUUGGAAGAACGGAUGAAGAGGCAAGUGAUCAAGACACUUUAAAAUAUGAACUGAAAGUUACAUGCACGGUAAAUCCACAAGCACCAAAGAAUUCUCGUCUUCCAGAAGAUAUGUAUAGAAACAGCAAAGUUUACAGUAAGGAUAUUAAAUGGGUACCGAUAGGCCGACAAGGAGACAUGUUUCCACAUGGAGCAGAACAGUUCAGCCCGCUAGACAAUGACAUAUUAAUAAGUAAAAUGCGUCCUGGUCACGAAAUUCAUGCGUUUAUGUAUGCAGUUAAAGGGAUUGGCAAAGAUCACGCCAAAUUUUCUCCUGUGGCUCCUGCGCGAUAUCGUCUUAUGCCGGCUAUCGAGUUGACUAGACCUGUGAGAAACGAGGACGCAGAUCUUUUGCAGAGCUGUUUUAGUCCUGCUGUGAUAGACGUGGUAGAACAAGAGACGAGUUCUGGAGAAAAAUAUCGCGAAGCGCGCGUGAAGAACGCUCGUUAUGACAGCUGUGCCAGAAAUGUCUAUCGUUAUGAACAAUUGAAGAAUUGCGUGGAAAUGACUCGAAUACCGGAGCAUUUUAUCUUUAAUAUAGAAUCCGUGGGAACGUUAUCAGCGGCAGUUUUAUUCACGGAAGCUGUUAAAGUGCUCAAGAAUAAAUGCAGGACAUUUCUCGCGGAGCUGGAACAUGUAUAAGAAUAGAAAAAUAAUUUUCUUAUAUUAAAUUACAGAAUUAAUUAAAAAAAAA